AUGGCCGAGGUCUGCGCCCGCGUCCACACAAUGCGGGCAGCCCUGUCCCUUCACAGCGACCGCACCUGGGCAGCCCACCUGGGAGAAGAUGUUGCGCGAACGCGGCCGCGCCUCCUCGGCGGCGCGCACACUCCCUAGGGGGAUCGAGAGGUAGAGCGGAGAGCAAACGCGCGCCCCACCCAACGCAGGAGCGCGUCCGCCUCGUCCUCGUCGACAACGAAGAUGGAGACGACGUGAGCAUCAUCUCCGAGAUUUGUAUAGAUGAGCCGCCGCCGCGCCCCGACGACGACGAGCUUAGUGACGACGAGGUCAUGCCCACACCAAAGCGCCGCGGCCCGCCGGUAUCGAGGGAGAAGCCGCCUCCCAAAAGGAGGCGCGACCCGCCGAAGCGCUCCCAGAUGAAGCAUCCUUCACAAGAAGAGAAGCACGCCUGGCCCGCCAAUGCGCCGCACGGCGCUGGACUCAUUGGUCACAAAAUCAGAGUGUGGUGGCCCCACGACCGCGCCUGGUUCGUUGGUCAUGUCAACGCCUUCGACGGCGGGAGGCUGCACGAAAUUCGGUAUGAGGACGGCGAAGACUGGGACGAGGACCUUGAACAGAGGCGCUGGGAGCUCGUCGUGACGGCAGCGAAGCGCGCGCCGCCGCCGAAGGCGCGCAAGCCCGCGCCCGCGCCGAAGCGCCGCGCGGCCGAGGCCCCGUCCGACGACGACGCGGCGCCCGUACGGCCGCGCGCGCCGCCGUCGAAGCGCGAGCACCACAAGCGCGACGUCGUCGCCGAGCGCGCCGUGCGGGCCGCCGAGGAAGCUGAGGACGACGACGACGACGACGACGAGGCGAAGGAUCAAAGGCUAGCUUUUGUGGCGUUCAAGGCCAAGCUCGCCCAUGAAAGGUACGGCCUCGGCCCUCCAAACUUAGAAGGCUGGCGCGCCUGGCGCAAGCAGAACUGGCUGAAGUCCAAGCCGAACGGCCAUUCGUAUUACUACGCGGACCCGCGGGGUCGGGAAUACGAGUCGAUUCAAAAGGCGGUCAUGGCCUUCGUGUCCAUGGAGCGCGAAGGGAAUGGUGUCGAUGUGGACCAUCUGCGGCGGAAGCGCCAUCAACGGAGGGAGCAGCUCCGCGAGGAGGAGUCCUCUGAAGAAGAAAUGGGUCCAGAUACGAGGCCGUUGUUAACGUGUCGGAAGUGCGGCGCUUUUAGUACAAGACAUCCACCCGCUCGAAGUAAUCAUGAGAAGAAGUGUCUAGGGUCCGCAGAAGCGAACGCGGCGAAAUUAACACCUUGGGAGCGCGAGAAGGAGCGGAGGCGGAACGAUCCGACGUACGUGCCGUACCAGCCGCCGCCCAAGAUCGACCCCAAGACCUGGCGCUGCAACUGGUGCGGGAGCGGGGUGGGGACUACCGGAAGAGCCAAGCCGGGGCCCGACGGCCCUUAUACCCUUUGUGAUAUCUGCUACGGUAGACAUCAACGGGGCGAGAAGGGUCCUAGAAAAAUUGAAGAUUUGGGCAAGUUCGGGCGGUUCCCUCUCACAAAAAAGCGCACGAAGAAAGCGAUCGCGGAGCGGGGGCCGCUCGACUUUCGAGUCGGGUGCAACCUCGACGGGAACGGGCACGCCGUGCGGCCCAUCGGCAACGAGUUGUUAAAUCAGCGCAUCAAGGUCUGGUGGCGGGACGACGAGAAGUGGUACGAGGGCGUCGCGACCUGUGUACAAGUCAUUUCUCGGCGAUGACGCGGCGGUGCUGGCUCGCUCGAGCGGCGAGGCACCGGCAUCGCCACGCCAUCGAGCAGGCGUCGCGUCGAUGGCGUGGAGGACGAUGCGGCGAUUCAGCACGAGCGCGCCGUAAAAUUUUGAUUUCCACACAGGUCGUGACGGCCUUCGACGGGUUCAAGCACGUCGUUAGGUAUGACGACGGCGACGCCGAGCUCCUGAACCUGACCGGGCCCGGGCGGGAGGAGAAGUUCGAGCUGAUUAUUGAUUUGACGAAGGCGCCUCUUUCUGAGGAACCGGCGCCGCGCGAUCCCAGGACGCGGGUCAAAACGGAACCCGCGCCGCCCCGCCCGCCGCCCGCGGCGACGCCCCGCCAGCAGGCCGCGGCGGCCAAAGCUGCGGCCUACGCGAAGCAGCGCGCCGACGAGAUCGCGCGCGUCGGCAUCGACCCGCGCACGGCCAAUGGGCUCGAAACGCUCGUCGAGGAAGCGGGCCUCGGGGGUGGCAAGGGCGCGGUUCCGCGGGUGCUGGCGCUUGAGCGCGACGCCAAGGACGACGGCGACGAGGAGAAGGGCGACGAGUUUUCUGGAAUGAAUACCAAGCAGCUGAAGGAGGCGAUGAAAGCCCGAGGCGUCGGCCGCGGCGCGUACGACACGCCGGCCGAUUUUAGAAGGAAGCUGCGGGCGCACAAGGCCGAGAAGCCCGUCCGACCCGCGCGGGUCAAAGCCGAGAGCUCGGAGGACGAGGAGGAGGAGGAGUGGGACGCGCGGCCGCCCAUUCAUCCUAGGAAGGGCGGCCGCUCGCCGCCCUGGCGCAAGGAGGGCGUGACGAAAUCAACGAGAAAGCCAGAAGGAAAGCCGCGACAUCCUCAUCGACCGUCACGCUUCCAUGGGGUCUCUUGGGUGGCGGCUCGAGGCUACUGGCAGGCGCGGCUCCAGGGCGGCGCGGGCUAUUUGGGGACGUUCCACGACGACGAGGAGGCCGCGAAGGCGGUCAACGCCGAGAUCAAGAGGCGCGGCCUGGAGCACUGCUGCCGCCUCAACCCGGUCGGACCCGACGGGCGCGUGAUUCCUAAGGUCGCGGGAGAGAAGCGCUCUCUCGGGCGCGUGUAUCACCGCCGCGCACCGACGCCGCCACCUCCUCGUCCGCCGGCCGGGGGCGCGCAGACGCCGCGGCAGCAAGCCGCCGCAACCAAGGCGACCGCGGCAGCCAAGGCCCGGAAAAGAGAGAUAUCGCGCGUGGGCAUCGAUCCCCGGGCGGCACCCAAGGUGGUGGCGAAAAAGCCCCGCAGCUUUCACUUACCCGGUUAGGGCCUCCCCAUCGACUAAUUGAUCGCAAAACCA